GGACGGAUCUGUCCAGUUCCUGUGUUGCGUUUACUGCACGUGCAACUGCAGUCCUGAUCUCCCCCGCUUCCGAUCCGGUCCAGGUUUCCCUGGUCUGAUGACAGCAGCCGCAUAACAGGAGCAGCCCCCCAACAGAUUCCUCCGCGGGGUCACACACACUUUUUACACAACACAAACAAACCAGGCGGUUACGACAGAAAGCUGGACCACACGGACACGCAGCUGGGCCAUAGUCUGGUGGAAGGCUACCCUCAUCCGGGCGCUGGUUCCAGGACAGAGCGGCCACCUGGUGGAGCUGUAGGACAGGUUUUCUGGGAUCUACUUCUCCUGCUGGGGCUGACAGGCGGUGCUUCGGUCGCUCCCAAACAUGGCCUCCAUGACGGUGCGACCACUUCAAGUUUGAUUUCUCACUAAUUAUCUGCGUCCAAACUGCGUGUUUUUCCUUCUACAGCUCACGGGAAUGUUUCCACGGAGCAGCUCUGUACGGCAGACACCAGAAGCAGAUGUUUUCUGUCGCAGAAGUUCGGUGCUGAUCACGUCGCUCUAAGUUGACUGAAAACUGGAGAGGAAAAGGAGAACCGCGUCAAAUCAAAUGCCCUCUGAGGCUCAGGAGCCUCGGGACAGAGGACCCCCACCUCCCCUGACGCGGGCUGGACGCAGCGCUCAGCUGGCCAAAGCUGCAGCCACGAGCCCCGCCCCUGAGAAGCGACCCCGCGGGCGACCUCGGAAGGAUGGGAACCACAGCCGCCCAGCGCCUCCUGCUCCUCCUUCACCCAAAUCUAAGAAGAAGGGGCGAAGCCGAGGAAGAGCCCAGGGAGAGGGUGAAGAAAGCACGGGGACUACAGAGAAAGAGCGACUCCAGAAAAAGAUAGAGCCCAAGGAACCCCCAGAGGCUAAGGAGCCCAAUCAGCUGCUGGAGCCCACAGAGUCACUGAAACCUCCAGAGCCCAAAGGACCCCUGGAGGCCAAGGAGCCCACAGAGCUGGUGGAGCCUCCAGAGUCCAAGGAACCUCCUGCCCCCCCAGAGCCCAUGGGACCUAAGAGGCUUGUGGGGUCCCGGAGGUCCAUCUCAAGGCGGAAGUCCCACAAAAACCCUGAUCCAGACCUUGAACUGAGCGAGGUUGGGCUCAGUCCCUGUCCUGAACCAGCUCCUGAGCCCAGAGUCCCAAAGUGCAGCUCAAAACCAACGCCCGUUUCUGAGGAGGAAGACAGUACCAGAACAGGUCCCGUUACUGUUGACCUGUUAUCACAGUACGUCCCUGUGGAGCACCCUCAGGUCUGCGCUCCAGAACCAGGGGAACCCACCCACAGCCCCACCCCUAUUGAGACUAGCUGUCCCAGUAGGGUUUCCAUGGACACCAAGGAAGGCUGUGGUGUCGGUCCGGUGCAGCAGAAUCCAGAGCUGAGUCCCCACUCCAGUCCCCCAGUGUCCCUUUGCCUGGAAGACGAGGACGAGGGCUCCCUUUCCCCCCUGUUCCAGCACUCCCCAUCAGAGGAAUCGGGGGGCUCACCCGCCCCAACCCUCGGACACGCCAAGAAACGGCUGAAGCAGUGUGCCUUCUGUUACCGUGGCGACCAGCCUCCUCUGGGCCAGGGGCGUCUUGUGGUGUUCGGUCCGACCCCGGGCUACAUCCCGCUCCACAUCUUGAACCGUCGCACCUCCUCUGAUCGUGUCGAUGACUGCCAUGACCACUGCUACCGUGGAGACAGGGCCCCGCCCACGUGCAGCAGCCCAGCACAGUGUGAAGAUGAAUCUUCAGAGUUCAUCCGGCAGCUCGGACCCAUCGGCCUUCCACACGACAUCAACGUCCAAUCACUGUUCGACCCCACAGGUCAGUGCUGUGCUCACCUGCAGUGUGGCUGGUCAGAAGGUGUGCGGCAUGGUGACGGCCAGUCGUUGCUCUUUGUGGACAAAGCCAUCGACUCGGGAAGCAGCCAGGUAUGUGGGUUCUGCCAACGCCUGGGUGCUUCGCUGCGUUGCCAGGAGACGGGAUGUGGGCGGAGCUACCACUUCCCUUGUGCUGCUGCUGCUGGCGCGCAUCAGGACUGGGCCCAAAGGCUCACGCUGUGCCCGACGCACGCCGGCCCAGGCUCCUCCAAGUGUUUGUCGUGUUUGGGCGGAACCGAACCCGGCAACUUGUUGAUGUGCUGUUGCUGCGGUAGCUGUUACCAUGGACACUGUCUGAAGCCGGCUCUCACCCCGUCCCCUCUGGUCCGGUCUGGGUGGCAGUGUCCCGCUUGCAGGAUGUGUCGCAGCUGCAGGUUACGGGGCGAUGAAGGCCUGCUACUGGUGUGUCAGCGCUGUGAUAAGGCCUACCACACACACUGCCUCUCUCCUCCUCUGGACGGUACACCCAACAGCGCUUGGACCUGCAAGAACUGCAGAGUCUGUCGCCGAUGUGGUGUGACAUCAUCGGGUCAGUGGGCCAAUCAUCAGUUUUUGUGCGACUCAUGUGACCCUGCCCUGCCCUGUCCUCUCUGUUACCGGGCUGUUGACUUUGCCUCGCUGCAGAACAGUCUGACCUGCAGCAGCUGCUACAGGUCUGUUCAUGCCGAGUGUUCGGACCAGGCUGGGGAGCGCACAGCAGAGUCUGACCUCUACCACUGCUCCUCCUGCAGCCCUUUGGAACAGCAGCUAGCCUCUCCCUAUAAUGCCUCUCUUGGACUUAGUCCGCCUGCUGCUCCUGAUCCAGGCCAGCUUAUCUGCCUGAAGCUACCGCCUAGUCCUUUGCAGAGUCCAAACUUAUCAGAGUUCCCUAGUCCCACCCUCUCCGCAGACGAUCCAAUAAGUUCUGUAGCAAGUGGAAGCAUUCUUGGAACAUCUCAGAAGGACCUUCAACUCAAUCCUCCACGGUCUCCAUCCUAUUGGAAGAACGGUGUUGCAGCAUCACUAAAAGUCCUUGAAAGAAGUCCAUCUCCCCCGACCAAAGAUCAGAGGCACACAUCGUCACCUGAGCAGACUGACCUGCCGUUGUCACCGCCUCUCGCAAAAUACAAACCACCUGUUAUAUCACCACCAACCUUCGGUCACAGCCUGCAGCAAGCUGCAGCCGAGCCCCAGCAGAGUCCUGCGUGCCCAUCACCCCAACCCGACCGGAAUCCUGCGUCCCCUCCAGUCCGGUCCCAACAGAGUUCUGCGUCCCCUCUGGCACACCCCGACCGGAGUCCUGCGUCCCCUCCGGCCCAGCCCGACCGGAGUCCUGCAUCCCCUCCGGCCCAGCCCGACCAGAGUCCUGCAUCCCCUCCGGCCCACCCGACCGGAGCCUUGCGCCCCCUCCUGCUCUGCCCGACCGGAGUCCUGCAUCCCCUCCGGCCCACCCCGACCGGAGCCUUGCGCCCCUCCUGCCCUGCCCGACCGGAGUCCUGCUUCCCUCCGGCCCAGCCCGACCGGAGUCCUGCAUCCCCUCGGCCCAGCCCGACCGGAGCCUUGCGUCCCCUCCGGCACACCCCGACCGGAGUCCUGCAUCCCCUCCGGCCCACCCGACCGGAGCCCUGCGUCCCCUCCUGCCCUGCCCGACGGAGUCCUGCUUCCCCUCCGGCCCAGCCCGACCGGAGUCCUGCGUCCCCUCCGGCCCAGCCCGACCGGAGUCCUGCAUCCCCUCCGGCCCACCCCGACCGGAGCCCUGCGUCCCCUCCUGCCCUGCCCGACCGGAGUCCUGCGUCCCCUCCGGCCCAGCCUGACCGGAGUCCUGCGUCCCCUCCGGCCCAGCCCGACCGGAGUCCUGAGUCCCCUCCGCCCGACCGGAGCCUUGCGUCCCCUCCUGCCUGCCCGACCGGAGUCCUGCGUCCCCUCCAGCUCAGCCCGACCGGAGUCCUGCGUCCCUCCUGCCCUGCCCGACCAGAGCCUUGCGUCCCUCCAGCCCAGCACCAGCUUAGUCCUGCGUCCUCUCUAGCCAAGCCCCAGCUUGGUCCUGCGUCCCCUCCGGCAUCCCCUCCGGCCCAGCCCCAGCUUGGUCCUGUGUCCCCACUAGCUGAUCCCCAGCUUGGUCCUGCAUCCCCUCCUGACCUGCCCGACCGGAGCCUUGCAUCCCCUCCGACCCGGCCCCAUCUUGCCCGACCGGAGUCCUGCGUCCCCUCCUGCCGAGCCCGACCGGGGUCCUGCGUCCCGUCCUGCCGAGCCCGACCGGAGUCCUGCGUCCCCUCCUGCCGAGCCCGACCGGAGUCCUGCGUCCCCUCCUGCCGAGCCCGGCCGAAGUCCUGCGUCCCUCCUGCCGAGCCCGGCCGGAGUCCUGCGUCCCCUCCUGCCGAGCCCGGCCGGAGUCCUGCGUCCCCUCCUGCCGAGCCCCGACCGGAGUCCUGCGUCCCCUCCUGCCGAGCCCGGCCGAAGUCCUGCGUCCCCUCCUGCCGAGCCGACCGGAGUCCUGCGUCCCCUCCUGCCGAGCCCGACCGGAGUCCUGCGUCCCCUCCUGCCGAGCCCGACCGGAGUCCUGCGUCCCCUCUGCCGAGCCCGGCCGAAGUCCUGCGUCCCUCCUGCCGAGCCCGGCCGGAGCCUGCGUCCCCUCCUGCCGAGCCCGGCCGGAGUCCUGCGUCCCCUCUGCCGAGCCCGGCCGGAGUCCUGCGUCCCUCCUGCCGAGCCCCAGCGGGGUCUGCAGCCUCUCCAGCUAAGACCUAUGUUGAGACUCUGGGUACUGCUUCACCUUCUUCCGAGACCCAUCAGAGUCCAUCAACACCUCCAGAGAUGCAUAAGAUUCCUACUAUGCCUUCGGCCAAAACCCAUCAGACUCCUGCAACAAGUCCUUUAUCACUUUCAUCAGAAACCCAUGAGAGUCCAUCGACAGCUCCAGCCACCUCCCAUGGUCCUGUAAGAACCCCUGCCGAGACUCCUCAGAGUCCAUCAUCAGUACCCUCAAUCGAGACCCAUCAGAGUUCUGUAUCUCCUUCAGUGGUACAUCAGAGUUCUGAGGAGUCCAAUCAGAGUUCUGCAGCCCUUCCAGCAGCGAUCAAUCAACUCUUACCAGAAGAGUCUGAAGUCUCUGGUGAAUUUUUUCUAAAGACGGCACAAAGUACUUCUUUCACUGCAGAGGAGGAGUCCCUUAAGAAUCAUGUUGUAGAAAACUCAAGCAUUGUCCUAAACCAUCUUCCACUCACUUUGUGUCAGAGCCCUUUAGCACCUCAAGAGGAAGCCCAUUGGAGUGCUGCAGUACCAGCCGAUGAUUUUCCUCAGACUUCUACGAAACUUUCUACACCAAAUCUAGAGGACAGCCAUCCAACUUUUGGACCAUCUCCAGAGCAGAGCCACCAAAGUCCCUUAUACCUUGUACAAGAUCCUGAUAAAAAUUAUGCAUCAUCUCUAGAGGAGACCAGUAAGAGCCUACUACCAUCUCUAAAGAAGACUCAACCGCACAAAAACCUUGUUUCAUCAACAGUUGAGAAGGUUAAUGAUCAGAGCCAGCAGGUUUCUUCAGUGGAGACCAAAAACAACCAGGGACCAUCUUUAAAAGAGACUCUCUCACCCUCUCUACAGACAACCCAUCAAAGUCUGCUGCUUUCUUCUGAUCAGCAAAUUCCGCCAAUGUCUCCCCUCAAGUCUAAGCAACCAUCUGUGGAGUCUCCUGGUGAAAAAUAUAAAACUCCUACUCCAUCUCCAGCCCACAUGUGUACAAGUCCAGAACCUCCUCUGAAGAACUCGGGUGAAGGUUUGGUUCCAUAUCCAGAGACUGAAAUCCAAUGUCUUGUUACAUCUCCUAAAAAUUUCAAACAAGAUCAUCCACCAUCUCUUGAAAGGACAGAAGACUGUCCUGAAUUAAACUUUAUAAACUUCUCAGAAGUAGCAAUAUUGUUGCCUAAAGAGAUCCAUUCAAGUGCUGCUGAACUACCACAUCUCCAAGAAAGUAGUGGUAAAGAUCACCAUGACAGCUUCAGGCCAGCACAUUGUAUGUCGAGCUCAACAUUAUCUCACCCUGCUUCCAUUGAUCAACAGUCAUCUUCCUCAUUACCACACUGUCAGUCAGAAAACCAGGAAUAUGCGUCACACCAACUUGAACCUGAAAGGCCUCCUCAAUGUCAGGCCAGUCCAACAGGAUUUGAGUCUGGUCCAGUGUCCUCUCCUCCUAGUCUAACCAAAAGGUCCCCCCUAAAGGUUCUUCAGAGUUCUUCUAAGCUCAGUUUGAACUCUCUUUCUUCUGAACCAGACUUCACAGAGGUCCAACUGGAUACUCUAUCUCUGCAGGCACAUCUGGUUAGCAAUGCUCAGCCUCAGAGUCUGAGUACAUCAGGGCUGAAUCCUACCAGAUUUCAACAAGUAUACCAUCUGGAACCUGAGGGACCGCUACAGAGACCAUGCAGUCCAACAAGCAUCAUAAACUCCCAGCCCAACCAUAAAUUGGAAGCUGGUACAUCUUAUCUGCAAUCUCCCAUAACACUGGACCACACAACCGCUGGCUCAGACCUUCCACAGAAUCUCUGUAAUCUGAACCCUAAAUCACCACUGAUAUCUGGCACAUCUACCAAGAUGGCAUUUGAAUCAUAUUCAGCUCCUUGUAGCCCUCACCCUCUCCAGGGGAUAUCUAGACCCCACAUCUCACAACCUGCAAGUCCAACUCAGUGCCACUACAACAAGACGGUCAGGCAAAGUUUUGACUCUGGUGGACAGAAACUGGAAGAUAUAGAGUUCACCCAUGACUCCUCAACAGUGCAAUCUGCUGAGAACUACCAGCCUCACAUCCCUGACCUUCAGAUGCCAGUAAGCCUUGAUAAUGGUAGCACUUCUCUUGAACACAGUAGCCUAACUUACUCACCUUGUGACACAAAGGUAAACCAGAGUCCUUACAAAAGUCUGUCACCAGGCACAAGUGAUAGUUCCAAACAAGCUGAGCCAGUGCCUACAAUGCCUACAAACCCUGCCUUCUGUCUCAAAGUCUUGCCAAUAGAGACUGACCCCAGACAGUCAGCAAGUCUCAUACCAGCUAAGUCCUCAACACAACAAGAUGGCCCAAUGUCUCCAUCAUUAAUUGAAGCACGACUGGCUCAACCUGGUGACUCCAUUUCUGGUCAGGGUAAGGAUAUAGAGCUCUACCCGGACAGACUGGUCCAUCCUGAGGUCCUUAUUGACUUUAGUCCCACACAAGUCCACAGCUCUGCAAUGACAUCUUCUACCCAUAGUCUGUCAUCUAGUAGUUCUGUUUGUAGUAUUCCUACAAGCGGUGUCUCUCCAAGGACUAGUCAUCAAGGUCAAGCUAAUACUGUUUGUAUAGCACAAACACUUGUUAGCCCACUUCAGAAGCCAGCUCUGGAUGGGACAGUGCCCCACAGACCCAUGUCCAACCCUGGAACCAGUCCCGGCCUUCGUCAAGCACCAAGCAGCCCGGGUUCUUUGUCAGAUUGCGUCCAGGCGGUUGAUCUUUCCAUCCAAAGUGCUGCUGUUCCUUCUCACUCUGUUCUGGAUGCUGGUGCUGUCCAAACAGCAGAACCCAGUGAAGGGUCCCAGAGACUUGGUGACCCUGCUCAGUCUACUCAAAGCCUUGCUACUCCUUCAGACUCUGUCCACUCACAGGUCAGCCCUCCGUCUGCAGUAUUGACUUCAACGCUUGAGGCUCCAUUUAGCUUUGUCAGAACUUCACAAGAAUGUUCUGUACUUGGGGGAGUGGGUUCAGAAAGUCCUCAUGCUGGCCCCGUAACAGGUCCUGUCCAGCUGAUGCAAAGUUCUGAUAGGAAUACCAUUGGUUCAUUGCCUCCAGAGUCUGGUUCUGAUGUUGGUUCUGAUUUUGGUCCUGGUCCUGGACAGCUACAGUUCAGUCUUGAUCCAGGUAACCAUGUUCAGUCAGUAGCUUGCACUGAGCAUGAUCUUGAUUGUGGUGGUUCUGGAGUGGACUUUAGCCUUAUCCCUGAACGGCCUAGUUCUGGACAUGGUCGUGGACCUGCUGGAGCAGAGCAGAGGACCACUGAGGAAGAGCAAGGAGAAGCAGUGAUGGAGAGUCCAGAAGAUAAGAAUGAUCCUGCUGAGAUGACUGCGGUACGAGGAGACGAUGAGGAGAGUAGCCCAUUACUGGGUCCGGUCUGUCCUUCAGGCCCCUCUUUCCCAACAGUCUCCGUGUCCUCCUGUCAUCACUCUCAGGCCACGGCCCCUAGAGGAGACCAUCCUCCAUUGGCUGAGAGGAGGAAUGUAGAGGAAGAGUAUAGCCAAUCACAGAGCCUGAAUAAACUUGUUGCCAUGGCAACAGAAUCAACCAAAGAUGAACAAGUCCAUUGUGAGCCUUCAGGGAAGGAGGAGAUAGCCACAGCAGAGAGACACCAGUCAAUCAGAGAUGAGGAGGAGGGACCAGAUGAGGAGGAGACCUCAGAUGGCCCUAUUCUGGAUCUGGACCAAUCCCUGGACAUGGAGGUAAUGGAGCUGAUGACCUCAGCUGCACACACCACCUCCGGCAAAGGAAAGUGGCGGAGCCUAAGGCUUCCCUCCUGGUCCCGCCCCUCCGAUGACCUGUCCAUCCGUCUACGUCAGUCUCCGUUUUCCACUGAGGCGUCCCCCGAGACCUCACCUGCACGGACCCCCGUCACUCCUCCACCUCUGACUCCACCAACUCCUCCCUCCGCCAGAGAGACUCCGCCCCUACAGGCACCACCUACUGCAGUGUUCUUGCUGACCCCAAAGAUUGGCAUGGGAAAGCCUGCCAUCUCUAAGAGGAAGUUCCCAGGCCGGGUGCGGUCCCGACAGGUACCACAGGGUACGUGGUGCAGCAGCCGCAGGGCGCCGAGCCCUCCCUCAUCCUCACAGGAUUCCACGGGGGAGGGAGGCUGGAGCCCUAAGCCCCACCCACCAGGCUCUCCUCUGUGGAGCAUGAAAGUGGGUCGGGGUUCAGGAUUUCCAGGCAGGAAGCGGUCCAGAGGUGCAGCUGCUGGUGGAGGAAGAGGAGGAAGAGGCAGGAGUCGGCUGAAGGUUCAGGACAGCCUCACUGUGCUCCCUGGGGGAAGCAAUGUGGAGAUCUUUCAGGCAAAGGAGGAAGAGGAGAACUCUAUGCACAACACGGUGGUGAUGUUCUCCACCUCGGACCAUUUCACUCUCAAACAGGACAUGUGCGUGGUGUGUGGCAGCUUCGGUCGGGGCUCAGAGGGCCGCCUUCUGCCCUGCUCCCAGUGCGGCCAGUGUUACCAUCCCUACUGUGUUGGUGUCAAGAUUACCCGGGUGGUACUCACCAAAGGCUGGCGCUGCCUAGAGUGCACAGUAUGUGAAGCGUGUGGCGACGCCUGCGACCCCGCCCGCCUUCUGCUCUGUGACGACUGUGACAUCAGCUACCACACCUACUGCCUGGACCCGCCCCUCCUCACUGUGCCCAAGGGCUCCUGGAAGUGCAAGUGGUGUGUGUGGUGUGUGCUGUGUGGCUCCACCUCGCCGGGGCUGCGCUGUGAUUGGCUGAACAACUAUAGCCUGUGUGGGCCGUGUGGCAGCCUCAGCCAGUGUCCCGUCUGCCAGCGGCGUUACACACAAGACGAUCUAGUGCUGCAGUGCCAACAGUGCGACAGGUGGGUCCACAGCGUCUGUCAGGGUUUGGCCUCGGAAGAAGAGGUGGCGCUCUCUGCCGAUGAAGGCUUUGACUGCUCUCUGUGCCGCGCCUCCUCAGGGAGGGUGGAGCCUCUGGGUUCCUUCAUGACUCAGAUGGUGUCCAGAACCAGAGAAUUGGAUGUGAAGACAUUUACUCAGGAUGGCGUCUGCCUAACAGAGUCCGGUCUGACUCACCUCCAGGCCCUAGUCCAGCCUCUCACAUCACCGCGCAAGUGCCGCAGGUGUAAACCAAAGUUGAAGCUGAGGAUCAUCAACCAGAACAUUGUCUCCGUCCUGCAGACUCCACCGGACCCAGAGACCCUCAUCGAGCCGGACCAGAACCGAGCUUUGUCUGCAGGUGACCUGGACUGUGACAUGAAAUCUGACUCCAGUCCAGAGCGGGACGCCACUCACCUGGAUGACAUCACCAAGGAGACGGACGUCACAGACGACAAGAAGAGGAAGAGGAAACCAUAUAGGCCAGGUAUCGGGGGCUUCAUGGUCCGUCAGCGUGGGGGAAAAGCCGGACUCUGCAGGAAGGACUCAACAGAGAUGAACCCGAGUCGAGAUCCAGGUGUGUUGGAAACUGAUGUUUCCAUGGAAAUUAUGUCUGCUGCUGACCAGGCAAUGGAGAAAGUUAAGAAGAGAUACAGGAAGAAGAAGACCAAGCUGGAGGAGGCGUUCCCAUCGUACCUUCAGGAGGCUUUCUUUGGCCGGGAUCUGCUUGACCGUAGCCGACAGAUUGACAGAAGGCAGAGGACGGUGACCUCAGGUGCCAGCCAAUCAGGAUCGGCAGUGAGUGUCCCCAAGGCCCCGCCCCUCAGAGCACCUUGCCCCGCCUCCUCUGUCCAGGCUCCUGCAGUAGCAUCCAGCAGGAAACAGGGAGUGCUGCCUGUGUCAGAGGAAGUGCUGCUGGAUCUUUCUGAUGUCCUGAAAACAGACCCUCACAUCCUGGGAACAGGACACACAGGUCAGUUCCAGGUGGAGCGUUCUCCGUCUCCUUUAGCCGGCUUGGAUAUCACCUCGGCGGCCGACCGCCCCCUGUCAUCAGACACCCCUGGAGCUUAUGGGCGUUGCCAAAGAAUGGAGCGGGAGGAGCCUUUGGACGCCAUCUUGAGCCCUGAACUGGACCAGAUGGUAACAGACGGAGGUAUCCUGAGCAGACUCUACAAGAUCCCAGAACUGGAGGGGAAGGACGUGGAGGAGGUCUUCACUGCCGUUCUGAGUCCAAACAGCAGCAGGGAGCCAGAGCCCAGCAAGACCCACGGCUCAGCAGUGUGUUCUCGGCUGCCGGUGAUGAAUGGCCUGGUGGCUGCCGUUCCUCCCCUCCCCAACGCUCCCAGUGGAGGCAGCCGUCUGCUUGGCUUCAGCUUGCCUUCUGAGGGCCCCGCCCCCUCCUCUGCCUCAGCCAAUCGACCAUCAGCUGUAGAAGGGGAGCAGGAUGUGAUGUCGACAGCUCAGAGAGGGACGCUGAAGUGGGAGAAGGAGGAGAGUCUGGGAGAGCUGGCGACCGUGGCUCCAGUUCUUUACUGCAACACCAACUUCCCUCAGCUGAAGCAGCAGUACCCUGAUUGGUCCACUAGAGUGAAGCAGAUCACCAAGCUGUGGAGGAAGGCCAGCUCCCAGGACAGAGCACCCUUCCAAAAAGCUCGGGACAACCGGGCAGCCCAGCGCAUCAACAAGGUGCAGCUGUCUAAUGAGUCACUGCAGCCGCCGCCGCCGCCGCCGCCCCAGGGGGUGUAUGACCCCAUCGCCAUGGAGACGGAGGCCAGCUGCAGAGAUCCACUGAGGCCCAGGGAAUCAGAACAGGAGCAGGAGUGGAAGUUGAGACAGAUGAUGCGGCAGAAGAGCAAGCAGCUGGCCAAGAUGGAGGCAAGCCAGAAGCUGGAGCAGGUGAAGAACGAGCAGCGGCAGCAGCAGCUCCGCCAGUCGGGACGCCUGUCCCCAGAAGGCCCCGCCCACCAGCAGGUCGCCGGGGGCAACACCACGCAGAGCAGACAGAACCUCCCGCAGGAUGCAGGGACACUGGAUGAUGUCUUCCUCAGACCUCAAGUCCCUGCUCCCUCUGGGUUCUCUUCACUCCCUCAUUCCCCUUUGGCCUCCUCGCCCCUCCACCAGCCGCCAUCUUCCCCCCAGAUGUUCUCCUCCCCCUUCCGGCCAUCCUCACCCUGGGACCCAUAUGGUAAAGUAGCAGGUCCCCGUCAUCCUCAGCAGCAGCGCCUCGGCUUCCUCAGCGUCUCCCCCGCUCACGAUGGCUCCCCUACACUCUCCCCCGACCUGUCUGCCUCCGGUUUGCCACCAAGUCGGGCUGGCAUGGUGAUCCCCUCCUCUGGUUCCCCCCCCGACCAAUCUCUCAGACCCGUCCGGGCGCCGGACUCCAGCCAGAGGACAAGCCUGACGAUGCAGGGUGGAGUGUUUAAAGCCCCCAUGCCCCCCCACCAGGAGGCAACAGGAAGAAGAGAUCUUGGGUUCCCCAACAGCCCGGUGUCAGGUCUGGGCUCCCCCCACCGCAGCCCUUAUGCCCCAGGGACACCUCAGCUGGGGGACACCCCAGGUUCACCCCCUGACCCCUUCAGGGACCCUCAGACCCCCGGAACGCCACACCCUCACUCUGACUGCGGUUACCUCUCAAUGCCCUCGACUGAGCGGGUCAGAGGAGACCCGGUCAGUCAGCUGUCGCCGUCCAGCCUGGAUUCCUAUCCCUCCAAUCCAGGAACGCCCCGCUCCUCGGAACGGUUCCCACGGUCCCCGGGGUCUCAGCGAAGCGUCGAUUUGUUCCCCCAGUCUAUGGGGACGCCUCGCCCCUCUCAUGAGCCGUACCUGCAGCAGCCCUCUGCCCUCCGGGCUCAGAAGACCCUAGCAGAGAGCCUGACUGCCCCGCCUGCAGUGUUAGCUUCCUCUCCUCGGGGUCCUGGACUGAUGGCGGAGAUAGGGGCCUUCAACCCUGCAGCCCCCAAGCUUCAACAGUCUACUGGAAGCAGACAAGAGUCGUUGCCCAGAACCUGUAGCAGCCAGACCCCAAAGCAUCCUGUGACACCUGAGAAGGGAGUAGUCCAUGCAACAGGUCAGGAUGCUCUGGACAAGGGUCUCGUAACAACCAGCAUGCCAAUGAUGGAGAAGUCAGGAACCGGUGACCUGUCCUCUCUGGACAGAGGGAGGGGCAUGCUGCCUCAGCUUGGAGACUCUGAGGAGAAACUACAACAGCGCCUGUGGCUCCGGCAGCAUAUCCUCCGGCAGCAGCACCAAAAGAUUGCCUUACGCCAGGAGAAAAGUUUGCUGGAACCCCCCUCAGGACCGGUUGGUUCAAGUGACGCUCUUCACAGCUGGUCUGCUGAGGACUCUUCCAGCGCCCCUCCUCCAGACCCAUUUGAACGCCCUCCUCCGCCGUACCCUGGUACAGUGAGACCUCUGACUACUGGGUUUACAGGAUGUCUUCCAGGCGAGGAGAUGAGUGACUUUCCUCCCAGUGAGGGUUCCCUCCCCAGACAGAACCUCCUGAGAGGACCAGCUGUCAGGUUUGGUGUUCCUCAUGGAGUCCCUGCAGCCCUACAGGACCCUUCAGCACGUCCAUCCCUUGGUCCUGCUGUGGGGCUUGGCUCCAUGGAGGGGAACCUGGUCCAAAUGAGGAGGCCUGUGCCAGCAGAGUUCACCAGCAUUCGGUCAUUGAUGCCCCACAACUCAUCAACACACAUGGUGCCAGGUGUUCCCCAACUCAUCGUCCAGCGGCCUCCUCCUCCUCCUCCUCAGCAGCAUGGCGUUAUGCCCUACAUCGAGCUCCGACACCGCCCCCCAGAGAACCGUCUGAGGCUGCCCUUUUCCCCACCGAUGCCUUUGGGGCUACAGGAAGCCACACCCACCAGAGACCCCUCCCAGUCCACUGCGCCAGGUCCAGUCAAAAUGGGGGAGGCAAGGCUGGGGCAGCAGCAGCACCUGGGUUCUGCUCUCCCAGGAUCUGAGGGGAUUGAGGAGCACUUAGAGGGAGAGGACUCUGCUGUAAAGGAUCUGGAGGACGUGGAGGUCAAGGACCUGGUGGACCUGAAUCUGAAUCUGGACCCAGAGGAUGGUAAAGAAGAUCUGGACCUAGGUUCGAACGAUCUGCACCUGGAUGACUUUCUGCUGACAGGGAAGUUCGACCUGAUUGCCUAUGCUGACCCAGAGCUCAAUUUGGAGGACAAAAAAGACAUGUUCAACGAGGAGCUGGACCUUGGGGAGCCAGUAGAGGAUCGGGAGGGGAGCCGACCUGCCAGGAAAAUGGGAAGCCCUGCCCACCUUCUGGGAGAGCCAAAACAGGAAUUGAAGGAAUCUCAGAUGACUGAAGGUCACUCCUCAAACAGACCUGAAGGAGCUCACUCUACCCUUCUAAACAAGGAGAAACUGGAGGACUCUAGUUUGGUUUCCUGUCCAGUCCCAGUUCAGGCUUUGUCCACUGUCCACCCUCUAAUAACUCCAGGGGACUCAUCUGUUUUCCACCAGAGAUCAUUUGGAUCCGCACCAAUACCCAAACCAAUUCCUGCUGGUCCUGCUCCUCAGGGUGCCCCCACCAUGCCUCAAUCUCCAUCAACUCAACCUCUUCAGCCUCGACUUCUUUUAAACCCCCAGAACCAUCCUCCUCAUUCAGGCACUGAAACUCAGAGCAUGAGCUCGGUCACCUUUUCUGAGAACCAGGUCUCCCUCCAGAACCAGAACAAGUCCAGGCCUCUGCUGCUGGAGGAGCAGCCACUCCUCCUGCAGGAGCUUCUGGACCAGGAGCGACAGGAGCAGCAGCAGCAGAAACAGAUGCAGGCCCUGAUCCAACAUAAGUCUGGCUCAGAGUCUGGAAUCUCCGACAUGGAUUUUGAGUCCAUCUCUGACCCAAUCAUGAAGGCUAAGAUGCAGGCUCUGAAAGGUAUUAACAGGGUGAUGAGUCAGGGACCCCUGGGCCUGAACCCUAUGGUCAUCAACAGGUUCCAGCAGAGUCCAGGAGCCCCAGGUCCCGAGUUAACUCCUCCCACUCCUCACCUACCAGGACAGGACGGGAAGUUAACUCCUCAACUAGUGCGCCGCAACCCCCCCAGCUUUGGACCCAGCUUCAUCAAUGAGUCUCAGAGGCAGCAAUACGAGGAGUGGCUAGGUGAGACGCAGCAGCUCCUGCAGAUGCAGCAGCGCCUCCUAGAGGACCAGAUUGCAGCUCACCGCAAGGCCAAGAAGGCUCUGUCAGCGAAGCAGAGAACGGCAAAGAGGGCGGGCCGAGCCUUUGCUGAAGAGGCAGCCCAGCUGCACCAGCAGGGCAGUGAACUCCAGAAACAGCUGGAGCAGAUCCGGAAGCAGCAGAAGGACCACACUGAACUUAUUGAAGACUACAGGACCAAACAACCUCAGAGGAUGCUCCAGAUGCCCCCCACACCAUUGGGGCAAGUCCUGGUCUCCCCUAAGCCCCGCCUGGGUGGCCCCGCUCCAGGUCACCGUCCAAACGUCCCCUCAGGCUGGACUCCAGGGUCUGGUCCUCCCAUGGGUCAGAGGACGCUUCCACAGCUUCCAGCCCACAUGCCCCCCAACCUGCCAAACUGUCCCCGGGCCUCCCCUCUCAUCCAGACGACUCCGCCCAUGAAGCCAGUCCUGACUGCCCCAAAGCCAGGCCUAACUACCCCCCAGGGCUCUCUCGGGGGCGCCAAUGGAGCACCAGGGGACGGAGCCACACCUCAGGUGAAAUUUGAUGACAACAACCCGUUCAGCGAAGGUUUCCUGGAGCGUGAAAGGAGGGAGCGCUUGAGAGAGCAACAGGAGCGGCAGAGGGUUCAGCUGAUGCAGGAGGUGGAGCGUCAGCGCGCUCUGCAGUGGAGUCUGGAGCAGCAGGACCUCUGUGGUUCCGGAGCAGCUGGUGUUCCUGGGAAACGUGGACUAGUUCCUGGUGGAGGAGCUGGACCGGUCAGCAGCGAGGACCAUCUGUCCCAUGGAGCGUUCUGCAGCGCUGAACCUGGACUGGACUUCCUUCCUUCCUCCUCGGCCUCCAGGCAUCAAGUCCAGGGGCACACCGGGGGCGCCGGCCUGCACCAGGGCUUCCCAGGAGGUUCCCUGCCCCCCAGGGCCGCCCCCAGCGCAGCUCUCCGUCCUGAUGUUGCCACAGAGAAAGGCAGCUUCCAGUUCAGGCCCAAGAUGUUGGGACUGCUGCGUCCAGCAGGGAUCAGUCCUCACUUGUUAGGACAUGACUCGUCCUCAUCUCCAUCAUUGACCCCACACCCCCAUUCCUCUUCUGGAAGCCUUGCCUCCCUUGCUGAUAUCACCCCUGAUGACAAACCAAAGAUCAGGAGAUCCAACAGGGAUGAGGAAGGAGCCAGAACUCCUCUAUCGCCACGCGCUGAUAUCACAGCUCCACCCACUCCGGCUGUCUCAGACAAGUCCUGCUCCACGCCCACCCACCAACCGGACUCUGCUUUCUCUGGCCCGGCUUCUUCACCUGACAUAGAGAGGCAACAGGGCGGCAGCAUCGUGGAGGGCCACAGAGACCCGGUGUCUGGGGGCAGCCUGGAGGUCAAGGAGGAGUUGAUGGAGGCGCGGCCCUGCAGGGGGAUCCCUGUGAAGGUGGAGGAGGCUGGGGAAGACUGCUUCUCCUCCCCCGCCUCUCAGGGGGGAGAUGGAGGGAAGGAGCUGCUCCGACACCUUCUGAGGGACAAAACGUCGCCUGGAACGAUGACGACUCCCUCCAGGCCGGCUGCACAGCGCCAGCUGUCCAAUGACGGCGUGCGAUCCGAGGAAGAUGAUGAACUAGAUUUCCACGGCAACAUGGUGCCACUAGUGGAUGGUCCAAAGAAAAUGAAGCGCAGCAAGAGAUUGACUCUACCCGACAAAGACAGAGCUCCAUCCAAGUCCAAAAGGCGGAGGAAGGAGGAGGACGAUGAAGAGAAGAGCUCCUCUUCUGCCUCACUGAUGAAACAGCUGAGUCAGCUGUCAGUGCUGCCACUCAUGGAGCCCAUCCUGGGUGUAGACCUGAGCCUCUUCCCCCCAUACGGCAGCUCAUCUAUAGGCAGAGACUCCCUGCUGAGAGGCUCCUUUGGGAAUGCCUCUUUGGAUGGUGUCUCAGACUUCUACUCCCAACUAAUCUACAAGAACAACCUCAGUAACCCCCCCACACCUCCAGCAUCUCUGCCCCCCACACCUCCACCUGUAAGCAGACAGAAGAUGGUGAACGGUUUCGCCACGAUGGAGGAACUGACCAGGAAGGAACUAAGUGAGCAGGAAGGCUUCCCAACUCUGAAGCACAAAGAGGGUGAGCUUCUCAAUCUAAACCACGCCUCCAAGACCGUAGAUGUCCCUGCAUCCCUGCCAACGCCGCCCCACAACAACCAGGAGGAGCUCAGGGUCCCGGAGUCUUUGGAGUGCCACAGUCCGGAGGGGUUUGUCCCGUCCUCAUCUCCAGAAAGCGUGGUGGACAUGGAGGUCAGCAGGUACCCUGACCUCUCUUUCAUCAAGCUGGAGCAGCCCUCGCCCUGCCCGUCACCUACAUUACCCAUCAUUCCCUGCACCUGGGGCAAAGGCUUUUCAGUGAAACAGGAAGUGAAGGCAGAACCUCAACUCCAAGUGCAAUCCACCUGCUCCAGCACAGACCUGGUUACCAUAGCGAUCACCCUGAAUCCGGCCGCUUCUCAGAACGUCCCGGGUGUGAUGGCGGCGGUGGCGGCGCUCCUCAGGGUGCCCGGCCCCAUCAACUACCAGCUGAGCCGAGCGCCGCCGCUGGAGCGGAGCAACCUGGCCCUGCUGGCAGGAGUGCGUGUGCCCGUGUCGCAGGGUUCAGCAGCAUCCAGAUUGCAGAGAGCGCCACCUUCUGGCAGAAACUCGCCCCGCUACUGCAGCCGCUGCAAAAGGCUGCUGGUAAACGGAGUUCACUACAGACAGGACGGUGAGUCCAGAGAUGCACCCGGUUUGGCGUUUUGCAGUCCAACCUGCUCCACUCUAUUCGAGUCAGAGCAGCAGAACCGCUCUACAAGACCCAAGGCUGCAGUGCCGGAGCUUCUGGCUGGUUCUUGCUCCACUCCUCCUCUCAGCAGAACACAGCACCAGUACGCCAACAACAUGUCCUCCAUCGCUGUCCAUUCUCUCCCACGCACCAACUCUUCCUCCUGCUCUCCUUCCUCCUCACCACCACUGGCCUUUCCACCUGCCUGUGCUAUUACCAUGGAGACGAGGCCCCACCCGGACAGCCUCAAGGUGAAGGUCAAGCUAAAGCCCCGUCCACGGACCGUGUCAGAUGAUGACUCUCUGUGUCCUCAAAACUUGAAGAAGAUGAAGAUUUCUCGGUGGAGACGCUGGAGCUUCAGCAUCACUCUCAACAGGGGUUCCCGUGUUGCUAACGAGGCGGGUGCCAUUCCGACAGAAGAAGAAGUGGAUGAGCUUCUUAAGGAGUUUGGAGCAUGCCUGCGUCCUGACCCGCUGCCUAGAGACCAGCGUAGGUGCUGCUUCUGCCAUCAGCAGGGGGACGGUCUGACGGACGGCGCCCGGCUCCUCAACCUGGAUCUGGACCUCUGGGUGCACCUGAAUUGCGCUCUGUGGUCCAGUGAGGUGUACGAGACGCAGGCGGGUGCACUUAUCAAUGUAGAGCUGGCGCUGCGGCGGGGCCUGGCGCUCCGCUGCGCCCACUGCAGCCGCAGCGGCGCCACAACUGGCUGCAACCGGCUCCGCUGCACCAACACCUAUCACUUCAACUGUGCCCUGCAGGCCCACUGCACCUUCUUCAAGGAUAAGACCAUGCUGUGCUACCUCCAUAAGCCCAGGACUCUUCCUGUGAGCGGGGACAGGUCAUCCAGCUCCUCCCCGUUCUCCACACCUGGCCAGACCUGUGACCCCACUCCUGGCUCCGACCCGUAUGACUCGGAGCUGCGUUGCUUUGCCGUAUUUCGGCGAGUCUUUGUGCAACGAGACGAGGCGCGGCAAAUCGCCGCCGUGGUGCAGCGGGGCGAGCGGCAGCACACCUUCCGUGUCGGCAGCCUGCUGUUCCGCGCCGUUGGCAGGCUCCUCCCACAGCAGAUGGACGCCUUCCACAAUGAGGCGGCUAUCUUCCCGGUCGGAUACCAUGCUAACCGCUUCUACUGGAGCAUGCGCUACAGCAACAGACGCUGCAAGUACCUGUGCCACAUCGAGGAGCAUGAAGGCCGGCCGCUGUUCAAGGUCAAGGUGGUGGAGAAAGGUCAUGACGACGUCGUCCUGACGGGGGCCACGCCUACAGCGGCGUGGGCCCAGGUUCUGGAGCCGGUGGCCCGGAUGAGGAGCUGCAGCGGGACUCUGAAGCUGUUUCCCGUUUACCUGAAAGGAGAGGACCUGUUCGGCCUGAAGACAUCUGCCGUGACCCGGAUCAUCGAGUCUUUGCCGGGGGUGGAGGCGUGUGAGCGCUACACUUUUCGCUACGGCAGGAACCCCCUCAUGGAAUGGCCUCUGGCCUUCAACCCGUCCGGCUCGGCUCGCUCUGAACCCAAGGCCUGUCAGGCCAAGAGACCUUACCUGCUGACCAGUGUGGCCCCCAGGUGUCAGGGCUCAGUGGGGGCCAUCGUCGGCCUCGUUCCCGGCGUUCUGUCUUUGUCUCCUGGCGAGUCGGUGGCUGCUGUCCAUCAGGGCCGCCACUCCAAGUCGGCCCAGUACCGCCGCAUGAAGGCGGAGUGGAAGAGCAACGUGUACCUGGCUCGCUCUGGCAUCCAGGGACUGGGGCUGUACGCCGCCAGAGACAUCGAGAAAUGCACCAUGGUCAUCGAGUACAUUGGGACAAUAAUCAGGAGCGAGGUCGCCAACCGCAAGGAGAGGCUGUACGAGGCCCAGAACCGAGGCGUGUACAUGUUUCGGAUCGACAACGACUAUGUGAUCGACGCAACCAUCACCGGAGGACCGGCGAGGUACAUCAACCACUCCUGUGCUCCGAACUGCAUCACUGAGGUGGUGACAGUGGAGAAGGAGAACAAGAUCAUCAUCAGCUCCUGCAGACGCAUUCAGAGAGGAGAGGAGCUAUGCUACGACUACAAGUUUGACCUGGAGGAUGACCAGCACAAGAUCCCGUGUCACUGUGGAGCCGUGAACUGCCGCAAAUGGAUGAACUGAGAGCAAGGAGGCCUCCGGCGCUCUGUGGGUGGAGUUAACAUGACAUCAUCACUGAUCUAUGGGCAGAGCGAGCAUGACACCAUAAUAAAACUGAUUGAUUAGAUCAGAGGAAAUAAAGUUUAUACUUAAUUCAUUUACAAAUGGGACACAUUUAUAAUCUGUUGUGGGUGGAAUCUGUGCUGACGAGGCGGAGGUUACGAAGAGGCUGGUCCUCGCUGUAAAUUGGUUGUAAAUGUGAGUGUAAACGCCACUGAAAUAAGCGGAUGUGUCGUCGUCCUUUAAGUUGCACUAAAACAUAAAAUGACAAACACACAAACCUACCUGAUUCCACCGCUUGGUCCUCCCCUCCUCCUCCUCCUCAGUUUCCUGUAAAAUAAGAUAUUUUUUUCUUUUUGUAUUUAUUAAUGAAUUAAGCUAUUUUCUAAAACUACGGUGCAUUUGAGGUCCAGUGUGGCAGUGUGUAAAUAUUUGUACCAUAAGUAAAAAGUCAGACACAAAGAUUAGAGCAUCCUCCCCGCCUGUUACUCCUCCCAGAGUUUAGGCUGCAGGCGUCUGCCGCCCUGUAAAUACGAGCUUUAUUCAGGCUCUGCUGUGUACAGAUAGACGACAUGAAGCCUUGUCUGUUUUUUUAUUAAUGGAUGUAAACAAAGUGAUGUUUCUGGAAAUAUGGUGAAUCUGAUUUAGAAUCAUUUACAGAAAAUAAAAUAUUUUACAUCUUAGACAAA